ACACUUGAAAGCGAUCUUAGGGUUAGGGUUUAUCGAUUGGAGGGAUAAGUCAACUAACUGACGGAACUUUGAUUCUACGGUGGCGAUGUCGACGGCGGAGGCUGAGAUAGAUAUUAAACAACCGGAACAAGGUGGGAGAGGAGGAGUGGCGAAGAGGAAGCCCGUUUUUGUGAAGGUUGGUGAGCUUAAGCCUGGAACCAACGGCCACACGCUCGCCGUUAAAGUGUUGUCUUCCACCACCGUCUUAGACAAGAAAUCACGCAAUACGUCUUCGUACAGUAGCCGUCCUGGCGCUGCUCAUACUCGCAUCUCCGAGUGCCUUAUCGGCGAUGAAACCGGCACCGUUCUUUUCACUGCCCGUAACGAUCAAGUUGACUUAAUGAAGCCUGAAACCACCGUAAUAAUCCGCAAUGCAAAGAUCGACAUGUUCAAAGGCUCCAUGAGACUAGCUGUCGAUAAAUGGGGACGCAUUGAGGUUACAGAACCCGCCAGUUUCACCGUCAAAGAGGAUAACAACUUGUCUCUAAUCGAAUAUGAGUUGGUGAACGUUGCUGAAGAAUGAUUCAGGGUCUCUCCUUUUCCUCGUGGCUCGGUUUGAGGUCAGAUUAUUCUUGUGACUUGUGGGCUUUUUUCGAUAUAUAACUACAAAAGAGGCCGGUUUCCGUUUGUUGUUGAUAUUGUCUUAACUACUACCCUUAAUUUCAUUCUAAGUGGUUACCUUUUCAAAUGAUCAUAAGUUGGGAUUCUCUUGGUUGAUCACAACUAGUUAUGCUUGUAGUUGUUUACUUGAUGCCAAAGAGAAAGGUGUAAGAUUGGAGUGUUUAUAGCAACUUAUGUGGUUUUUUGGGUCUUAC